AUGGUGAGAACGUUCGGCAUGGGGGAGGAGAAUGAAGGGGUGGUCUUCUCUUAUUCGCUCGUGGUCUUCGUGCCACCGAGGAAAUUCGGCGAAUUUGCUAGCUGUCCUUGUAGGCCGUCGAACGAUCCCCGCGGUUGUCGAAGAGCCGAGAGAGAACCGGUUAAGCGUCCUGUCGCCACCGUUGUGGCCGUCACUGCCGAUGUUGAGACCAACGAUGGUGAAAACCUCCGUGAAGAUGAGCCGAGGCUGCCCGAGUCUAAGUGGAUCAUCUACAUCAAUAAGAACCUCGACCGACCUGAGCAGGACCACAGGGCACGCUCAUGGGCAAAGCGCUCUAUUUAUUGGAUCCCACAUCGUCUCAAGGAUGGAAAGGAGAAGGCCUGCGUCCCCCAAAUUGUCUCCCUCAAUCAGUACCAUCACAGUGACGAGCGCCUCUGCAAGAAGGACAAGGAUAAGUGGCACGGCCUCAUGUGCAUGCCCAGGCACAAAAAUCAGAAGAUAGAGGACUAUCUAGACACGGUGAAGCAGGUCGAUGAGAGAGCCCACACCUGCUAUGAGGGGACGAUAAAGAUGCGCAGCGAGGAGUCCAUAAUGAUGAUGGACAUGAUCUUGCUCAAGGAUCAGAUCCCGCUCUUCAUUCUCGACCUGAUAAUCUGCCUUCGGCUUGGCCGACCUGACCAAGACGGGGUCUUGGCCGACCUGACCAAGACGGGGUCUUGGCGCUCCAGUUCUUCUACUCUUUGA